AAAGGCAGCAGCAUUUGAGAUACUUGAUCAAGUCACAUGAUCAAUGUCACAAAUUUAGCUAGAAAUAUUGCAGAAUCUUUAAUAUUUUUAAUUCAUUUUAUGUCAUGACUUUUCUUAUUUGUCAUCAUUUUAAUUAAAAAAAAAAAAUCUUAAAAUUUUCUUUUCAUUUUUAAAUGGGAAAGAAUCCCGGAUUUUUAAUGAAGUCUCUAUCGAGUUCACAUGGUCAAAGUCACAAAGUUGCCUAGAAAUAUUGCAGAAAUUUUUACUGUAAUUUGAAAAAUCUUAAAUCUUUCUUUUAAUUUUUAAAUGUGAAAGAAUUUUAGAUUUUUAGUAAAGUCUCUAUUGAGUUCACAAGAUCAAUGUCACAAAUUAACCAAGAAAUAGUUCAGAAUCUUUAAUAUUUCUAAUUUAUUUUAAGUCAUGAAUUUUAUUAUUUGUCGUAACUUUAAUUAAAAAAAAAAAAAAAAAAUCUUUUUUAAAUUGGAAAGAAUCAGAUUUUCUCUCUAUUUGACCCCAUUGUAUAGCUAAUCUUUAAGCUUCCAACUUCUCCCAUUUCCCCAUAACUUCUAAUUAUCAAAAAAUAAAAAUCAAGCCUUCCAAUCUUCAACUUUACCAAAGAAGCACAGAGGAAUAAAGACACAUCUGCUUGCAGAUCAAUUUGUGAACAGUCAGUCAAGCACUCCUUUCAGCUUAUAGUCACAGAUGCAUAACAAUGCCUGAUAUCCACACAAGUAAACUCUCCCUAUUCAUGUUUACUCUAAAAAAAAGACAAGAAAACUGCGAUGAGUGGUGCUAACAGGCUGCGAACCACUAAAACAUUCCCAUUUCUUUUGGAUCCAUCUUUCUUUUUUCUGUUCUCUAUCUAUCUGUCCCUCUUUAUGUAUCUCUGCCUGUAUCUCUCUGCAUGAAUAGAAAGCCUUCUGCCUUCAGAGAGCAUUUCUUCCUAAUGAGAUUAACCAUCUAGGAACGGUCAUGUCUAGACACCCUGAAUACACAACCCCCUCCCUCCCACCACACACACAUCCACAGGCUCCUUCUCAGGUAAUCCUCACCUGUAAAUUUGCCCCAGGGUUUCUGCCAUAACUCUAUAAUGACUUUAUGUGGCACACUUUCACUGAGACAUUCAGUGAGAUGAUUCAGUCAGAAUCAUGUACUUGAUAUUCCAUCAUUUAUUUUGGACAUCCCUCAAAACAGUUUGUUGAAACAUUAAAGCAUACAAAAAGUCUUAAGGUUCCUUAUUGGCAUCUAUGGUUCCAAAAAGAACCUUUAACAUCCAUGGAACGUUUCCAUUCCACUAGAGGUUCUGUAGAAUGUUCUUCACACCGAGAAAAUGGUUCUUUUAAGAACUGUUCACUUAAAAGUUCUUUGGGGAACCAAAAAUGUUUCUUCUAUGGCAUUGCUGCUGCAAAAACUUUUGGAAACUUUAUUUUUAAGAGUGUAAAAUCAAUCCCCUGAAAACAAAGGUACCAAAAAGGAUUUUACAGCAUGCCAUAACAGAAUGUUUAAAAUUUCAUAAUUCUCUAAAAACAUCUGUACUUGAGUUCUAAAGAACCUAUUUAUUUUCUCUUUUAAAAGAUGAUUCCUAGAACCAAAAGUCUGAUCUGAUGUUUUCAAUACAAUAUCAAGAAUAUUUGAAUCUCCAAAGAACCAUAUAGUCACUCUGAACUGCAAAUACUAAUUCUUGAUAAGUAGAGUGUUGCUUAUGGCUUCAAAGAAUCAUUUAGAAGCUUUAGUUUUAAGACUGUAUGUCAAUAUUUGUCUCAAAACUGCUGUUAAACAACUGUUGACAAAAGACAACCGUAACCAAACCUAAAGGUAAUGAAGGCUAAGAUAGUUCUGUGUGGUCUUUUGUAGUUUCAUCAUGAUUUAAUAUUAUCACUGCAGAUGUGUUUAAGCCACGCCCUAAAGUUGUAAAAGCAUUUCCAUUAAAAUUCAAUGUGAAGGCCAAGAUUGGAACAUAUCAAAAGGAAAAAGUUCACAAGAACCUCAUACUCUAGUGACAACUUCAAUUGCAUUUCAAAUUAUUUGCCAUGGUCUGACCUGGUUGUAAAAAUCAGGACCUGGUGUCUGUAGCAUCAGUGAGAAUUAGUGGAUACGUGUGUGUGAAUUAGCAAACACGAGCGCUGAGUGUGUCAGAUUAUGUUUGUGUGAAGGGGUCAAUGCUGUCAAUUAGAAGGUGAAGUCUUUGCUCUUCCUCACAUUAGCUGGAUUAAUGAAGGGAAUUUUGUGCCUGAUUUGCCAUCCUGUAUGUUUUGGGCCUGUACGUAUUUGCUUAAAAGUCCUUUAGCAGUUCAUAAAGACAUGUUUCCUCUGCUUGUCCCCUUCCUGUUGGGACUCUAUCAAGGCUCUGCUAACUCUCUUUGAUUCUGCCCAUCAGCCAAUGAGAUCAUGACAUUGACUCAUCACCGUGUCACUUCAAAGGCUGGGAAUGGGGGUCCAAGCCCCGCCCACAUCCAGAUCCCACUUAAAGGUGUGGGACACCCCCUCUGCAUCGGUGGCAGAAGCAACAGACAGACACAACACACUGAACCACUUCAUCCUUGGACUUAAUGUAGGAAUUAACUCAAGCCCUUUGAGUUAUUAUGGAGAACUUGUAUUUUUAAUCGAAUCAUCUAGAUAUUGCUCAUUCAGAUCUUCUCUUUGGUCCGUCUCAUUUUCUUCUGGAGGACAUCUUUUGAGAAGCCUAAAUAAUGCAGGCUAUCAGAGACCUCAAGCACAAUUUCAGUCUCCCUCCUCCGCCUUCCAUGGCUGGAGCCGGUGAUUCCUAUCACCAGGGCAACAUCCGAAUGACUCUGGAAGAUCCGGAGCUGUGGAGAUCCUUCCAUGAGAUCGGCACUGAGAUGAUCAUCACCAAACCUGGCAGGAGGAUGUUUCCACACUGCAAAAUCAGCUUGUCUGGAUUGGUGCCAUAUGCAAAGUACAUUUUACUGGUGGACAUGGUGCCAGAAGAUGGUCUGAGAUAUAAGUGGAACAAGGACAAGUGGGAAGUCGCUGGUAAGUCUGAGCCUCAGCCGCCCUACAGGACAUACCUACACCCUGAUUCUCCAGCGCCAGGCAGCCACUGGAUGAAACAGUCUGUGUCCUUCCUCAAGCUCAAGCUUACCAACAAUGCCCUGGACCAACAUGGACAUAUUAUCCUUCACUCCAUGCACCGCUACCAUCCGCGUUUCCAUAUCGUCCAGGCUGAUGAUCUGUACAGCGUACGCUGGAGCGUCUUCCAAACCUUUACCUUCCCCGAGACAUCCUUCACUGCUGUAACUGCAUACCAGAACACAAAGAUUACAAAGUUGAAAAUCGACCACAACCCCUUUGCCAAAGGAUUCAGAGAUGAGGGCACAAACUCUAAAAGACGAGCAAAUAGAAAUCUGGCUGAUUCUGAAAGAGUUGCAAAGAAGAUGAACUUGCCAAAAGAUUCAGAACAUGGAAGCCCACGAGAUAUCCAGCAGUCCUCAUGUGAGGGUCUUGAUGAUGAACACGUGGGCCGUAAGGAGUCGGAGGUGAAGGCCGAGCGUUACUCCCCAUGGGGAGGUGUGUGUGACCGGGACAACGGCCACGCUCUCCGUGCAGAGUCCCCUCUGGGCUCGGACCCUCGGGAAAUUUACAGCUCUGAGCAGCUUGUACCGGGACAAAACACAUACCAGCCUUACAGAUUUCAUGAGUAUGGCAAGUCCCCCUCGCCGUCCUCCUCCAGUGUUGGCAGCAGCAGUGGAUGUGGAAGCCGCUCCAGCUUUGAGUCCCGAGUGCCGGAUGUUGCCACCGUGCCCGAUCAAGAAACCUCCAGCAAGCCCCCCGCCCAUGAGUUCGGCCUGCCUCCGUGCCCGCCACAUCCCUCCACGGGGCACCAGGACUACGCAGGGGUGCUGAACAUGGCCAUAGCCCAGGCCAAGCCAGGUAUGCUGGGCCCCCAUCCUCUCUACACGCCCUACAGUACAGAACAGUCUCUGGGACAGUGGAGCGGGGCAGCGUCCACUCAAUACCCCCCUCCUCCACCACCUCCCCAUCACCACCUGCCCACCGAAUACAGCACCCAGGCCGUCCAUCACGGCUAUCACCACGGAAAUGUAGGUGACUGGAGCCAAUACCCACUGUUCUCUUACUCGUGCUGGUGAGCGAGAGACGGGACGCUUUCUAAAGUCUUGCACGAUGAGGUCUGGAUGUUCAGAUGAUGGGGUACGUCGCCCGGCACCUGCGAGCGCCAGAGAAACACUGAGCGAAAGUGUAAUGAGGAAGUGGCACUAACUAGAAUGUUGUUUGUGAGUCAACUUGGAUGCAAAUAAAAAAUAAAGAACCUGCUUCAGUUUAACAGAAAAAAGUCCGUCUGCUGAUCUGAGUGUCUUUGUUUUCUGUCAGAAAAGACAGUGUGCUUGUCAAUUAUGCUGCAUUAAACGCAUUUGGAAAUGGACUUUUGAUACCUUUUGACUUGAAAACUCAUGCCUGCGUACCGAGGACCAAGAAUGGACUGGUUUUCUUGGCUUUGUUGUUAAAACGUCUAUUUAUUGUGUGUUUGCGUUGGCUGCUACUUAAUAUUAUUUUUGUUGAAAAAAAAGAGAAUCGUGUAAUGUAAAAUGCUGU